AAUCUGGAAUGCAAUGUUUGUUUUGAAUCGAAUCCAAAAUGUUUCUUGCGUUUAAAAAGUCUCGAUUGUGUAAAAACUGUUUCACUUUAAGCAAAAAAUCGUUUAUAAGAUCAAAUGGCAUAGUGCGAUGUGAUGGACAACGUAGGCAAUAUUUAUCUGCGCGUUUGAUUUCCACCGGUGGUCCGAGGCAAUCACCUGGUGGGGAACGAUGGAACGAAGAUUUCCAUCACUAUGGCUUGACGUUCGAUUCAAUCAGCAGUAAACCACCGAAAGAUGCCCGUGUGGUCAUUUGCGGAGGUGGGAUCAUGGGUGCUGCCGUUGCAUACCAGCUAGCCCAGCGUGGGUGGGGCCAACACACGGUGCUUAUAGAAAAAGGACGGAUCGGCGAAGGAAAUCCAUGGCACUUUAGCGGACUGCUAGGAGAAUUAAAACCGACAUAUUCACAAGUUAUGUUGGCCCAAACUUCGCUGGAACUGAUUAGAGAAUUCGAUAGGAAGGGUUUGCCCACAGGAUGGAAGCAAACGGGUUCGUUGAAUCUUGCAAGGACUAGAGAUCGAAUGACGAUGUUCAGGAGGAUGAAAUCACAGAGUGUCGCAUGGAACGUAGAGUGCGAGCUUGUAUCUCCUGAGCGUUGUAAGGAACUAUGUCCAAUUAUUGAAAUCAAUGAUUUGAUAGGUGGCCUAUGGAUUCCAAACGAUGGUAUCGGUAACCCGAAUGCAUUCUGCCAAAGUUUGGUCAAGGAAUCUUUAGAGAAGGGCGUAACCGUAGUUGAAAACUGCUCUGUCUUGAAAAUCAUUCAACAGUAUGGUAGAGUAAAAGCUGUAGAAACUACUAAUGGAUCGGUAGAGUGUGUCUACUUUGUUAAUUGUGCCGGAUUUUGGGCACGUCAAGUUGGUCAAUUAUCCGAACCAUAUGUAAAAGUGCCAUUGCACGCCGCCGAGCAUUAUUAUUUACAUACAAAACCCCUCUACGAGCUCGAUUCCACUAUACCUGUGGUUCGGGACCUUGAUGGUCACAUUUACUUCCGAGAAAAUGACGGUUGUUUGUUGGCGGGUGGUUUCGAGGCAAAAGCAAAACCUGCUUAUGAGGAUGGUGAUAUCCCUCCCUCGAUUGCCGAACGAAAGUUACCAGCUGAUUGGGAUCAUUUUCAUCCUCUGCUAGAGGAGCUACUGCACAGAAUCCCUUCUCUCAAAGAAGCCACCCUGGAACGAUUAUCCAAUUGUCCAGAAGCGUUUUCGCCAGACUGCAAAUGGAUUAUCGGUGAGGCGCCUGAGAUUCAAAAUUAUUUGGUUGCUGCUGGAAUGAAAACUGUUGGUAUGUCUGCUGCUGCAGGCGUUGGAAGAGCGAUUGCUGACAUCAUUACUCAAGGUUAUUCAUCGGUAGACCUUCAUGAACUGGAUAUUUCACGCUUCCUUGGACUACACAACAAUCGAAAAUUCCUGCGAGAUCGAGUACGUGAAGUUCCAGGACUGCACUACGAUAUGAGCUAUCCGUUCUACGAGUUUCGAACUGGCCGCAAUCUUCGGAUGUCUCCAAUCUUCCCAGCUCUUAAAGAAGCCGGAGCCGUCUUCAGUCAGGUGAUGGGCUAUGAAAGACCGGCUUGGUUUGACAAGAAACACUCGUUGAAUGAAAAAGGAGCUUCCAGGUUUAGAAUUGCAUCAACCGAUGGGUUUGGUAAACCGCACUGGUUCGAGCAUGUGCAACGCGAAUACGAAAACUGUCGAGAGCGAAUCGGUCUGAGUGACUACAGUUCAUUCACGAAAAUCGAUCUGUGGUCCAAAGGGCGGGAGGUUGUAGACCUGUUGCAAUAUCUGUGUUCUAACGAUGUAGAUCAACCGGUGGGAUCAAUAAUUCAUACCGGAAUGCAUAACCGACAUGGAGGAUAUGAAAACGAUUGCUCGUUGGCGAGGCUGUCAGAAAAUCACUACAUGAUGAUUGCCCCAACGGUACAGCAGGCCAGAUGUAAGGCUUGGAUCGAACGCCAUUUGACACCGGGAGGUCGUGUAAGCGUUUCGGAUGUCACCUCCAUGUUCACCGCCAUUUGCAUCAUGGGUCCUUUCACUCGAAUACUACUGUCGGAGUUAACCGAUACAGAUCUCUCGCCGAAGGGCUUCCCUUUCUUUACUUGUAAGGAAUUAGACGUAGGACUUGCCAAUGGAAUCCGAGCCUUAAAUUUGACGCACACGGGAGAGUUGGGAUACGUGUUGUACAUACCGAACGAAUUUGCUUUACACGUUUACACCAAGUUGAUGGAAGCCGGUCAGAAAUAUGGAAUGAAACAUUGUGGAUAUUACGCCAUGCGAACCUUAAGGGUUGAGAAGUUUUUUGCAUUCUGGGGUCAAGAUCUGGAUACGUUUACCACCCCGUUGGAGUGUGGGCGAAUGUGGCGCGUUAAAUUUGAUAAAGAAGUCGAUUUCAUCGGACGAGAAGCUCUUCUGAAGCAACGUGAAAAGGGCGUUGAGCGUAUGUACAUACAAUUAUUGAUCAACGAUCACGAUUCAGAUAUUGAUCUGUGGAGCUGGGGAGGUGAACCAAUCUAUAGGAAUGGUGUCUAUUGUGGUCAAACAACGACAACAGCAUAUGGUUUUACGUUCAAAAAACAGAUAUGUUUAGGGUUUGUGAAAAAUCUGGACUUUAAGGGUAAACCAUUACCGGUGACGAAUGAUUUCGUGCUGAACGGUGACUACGAAGUCGAAAUAGCUGGCAUUCGAUUCCCGGCCAAAGCAAAUCUGCAUUCGCCCAAUCUGCCAACCAAAUAUCCGGAUCAGGAACGUGAAGCGUACAAGGCUACUCGGGACAAAACGGACGACACCAAUUUACUUGCUUAUAGCAAAUGGUAACCAGUAGAAACAAUAAUUUAUCGCUUAAAGUUGCGCGCGAUUGACAAUAUGUUUUUGAAGUGUGAUCAAUAAAAUUUGUCUUCCUUUUUAUUUGUCAUUAAGCGUUGUAUUUACCUUUU